UUUCCUUGUUCUCGGUUUGUGGCGUCACGGACUGGGGCUUUCCUCCAUGAGAAAGCAGAGGCUGCGGAGGUUCUUCUGUUGCUCUUCUAAAACGGGACAGGGCGUGAUCUGCACCUAUACAUACUCCAUUUGAUAUUUUAGGAACAGUGUGUCAGGUCCCGUAUAGGGAGCUGAGAUGCAAUAGCCUAGACGAGGAAGAUUUCAACACUCCCAAAGCAAGCGAUCACAGCCCAUCGCCAUUGACGAAUGAACAUUCACAGCGGAUCCCAGAAAACGGUCUCGUACCACCCCUUGAGAGAAUUUGGCAAUACGUCCAACCGGCCUCACAACCACAGACCACCUGUAACCACGCCAGCCCAGGACCUCCACAUCCGGCUUCUACACCUGCGGGAUCGUCUGAGACCAGCCACCCAGUAUUUCUACAGUUGAUUGAGAGUGUAAGAGACACACACAGAAGAGAAGAGGAGAAGAAAAAGAGAGAAUAAAGGACUAGAGAAGAAAAUCUGACCGGAGCAACCACAAAGAAGGAUUUAAGAAAAUUUGAAUAACCUCCAAGAAGUUGUUCUUUAAAUUCUAUAACGUUCCUAUCAUGUUUUUUUUCCUCGUUUGAAUUGAGAAACAUUUACUGAGAAGGGACAUUGACGUUUCUUGUUGUAGUCAUUCUCCUCUUUGUGGUUUACAGUAACAGUUUACUGUCAGUUUGGACCCCCAUGUUUGUUUGGACGAAAGCACACCUGUUACUUUUCUCACAUUCUUGAUUUGGAGCAACGGAGUGUGAGACGUGUGAACGCCAGUGGGAGGAAGGGGACUUUGUUUCUUUCACUUUUGUCUUCUCGUUUAUAGUUCCAUUUGUGGGUUCCAUUGUUUCUUGUCAGAGGAAGGGAAAAGGGUUUCCAACUGGGUAUCAGUGACAUUCCAUUCUGGUUUCACCCAAGGACAAGUACCCUCUUGUGUGUGUGUGAGGAAAGCUUCCUCACAGUGAUAUAAGACUAUAAGAGCGGAAAAGGAAAGAAGCUUCCGUGUGUCACUUCUGGGAAAAUGGGAUCAGAAAAGGACUCGGAAUCCCCCCACUCCUCGGUGAGCGGCAUUCCCAACCCCAAAUGCCGGGCACCGGGAAAACGCCACGGACGCAUCUCCUUCCACAGCCUUUUCCACAGCAAACGGGGUUCCCGGAGCGCCAAUGUAGGGGCGGCCACACCUUUAUCCCAGCUCCACAACCAAAACCAUCAACAACAGCAACUCACCCCCCUUGUCCCCCCCGUAGUCCCUUCUACCCCCACACCUAACCCAGCCCCCACCACCACCACGGACGCCCCCCAGGACCCAGCCAACUCCCCCACCUCCACCCAAACAGAGCCCCUCUCUUCCAGUCGGCUCUCCCUGGGUCCGCCCCAGUCCUCCAGCUCCACCACCACCAGCGCCUCUCCUCCAGCAGACUUCCUGGAGUGCCCCCUGUGCCUGGUGCCCCAGCCCCCAGAACAGCUCCCUGAGCUGCUGGGCUGCAGCCACCGCUCCUGCCUGUGCUGCCUGCGCCAGUACCUGCGCAUCGAGAUCACCGAGAGCCGCGUCCACCUCAGCUGCCCCGAGUGCUCGGAGCGACUGGCGCCUCAUCAGGUGGCGGAUAUUUUGGACGACGUAGGUCUGCUGGAGAAGUAUGAGGAGUUCCUGCUGCGACGCUGCCUGGCCUCCGACCCAGACUGCCGCUGGUGUCCCGCGCCCGACUGCGGGUUCGCUGUGAUCGCUUCGGGCUGUGCCAGCUGCCCCAGGCUGGUGUGUUGUAGAGAGGGCUGCUUGGCUGAGUUCUGUUACCACUGCAAGCAGGCGUGGCACCCCAACCAGACCUGUGACUCGGCCCGCCAGCAGAGGGCACUCUCCUUGCACAUGCACAGCAACCACUCACCCAGCUACGUGCAGGAGCACGGGCACGCUGACGACAUCAAGCCCUGCCCACGAUGUGGCGCCUACAUAAUCAAGAUGAACGACGGCAGCUGUAACCACAUGACCUGUGCCGUGUGUGGCUGUGAGUUCUGCUGGCUCUGCAUGAAGGAGAUCUCUGACCUGCACUACCUCAGUCCAUCAGGGUGUACGUUCUGGGGAAAGAAGCCGUGGACUCGUAAGAAGAAGAUCCUGUGGCAGCUGGGCACUCUGAUCGGAGCCCCGGUGGGCAUCACCCUAAUCGCUGGUAUCGCUGUGCCUGCCAUGGUUAUUGGCAUCCCCGUCUAUGCGGGGCGCAAGAUUCACGCCCAUUAUGCGGGGAAGAAGAGCAAUCGCCACAGGAGGAACCUGGCCAUCACGGGAGGAGUGGCCCUGUCAAUCAUCACAGCUCCUGUGAUCGCAGCCGUCAGUGUGGGUAUUGGCGUGCCCAUCAUGUUGGCGUACGUCUAUGGAGUCGUGCCCAUCUCUCUGUGCCGCGGAGGAGGCUGUGGCGUCAGCCGAGGAAAGGGGCGUGGCAUGCGGAUAGACUUUGACGAGGACGACGGCCCAAUCACAGUGGCUGAUGCGUGGCGGGCCCUCAAGUCCCCCAGCUUGGGUGAGAGCAGCCUGGAGGGGGCAGCCAGCGGCCUUAGCACCACCUCCCCCAGUGAGGGCCUCUCUGUGGCCCCCGGGGUCCUGGGAGACAACCCCCACUUCAACACUCUGGCCGGGGGCGCCCUUGGAGCCAGGACUGGCAAAUUCAACAGGUUGGAGCUCCAGGGAGGGGAGCUGGGGAAGGACGGUGCCCAGAGAGAGACAGGUAGUCUGGGAGCGGGUAGUGACUGUGCCAGCACCCGGGGCAUGGCAGGCUCCAUUAUCUCCUCCUACACACUCCCUGACAGGGACUAUACUAACCUGGAGAUCCAGGUGGACAUCGAGACCAAACCCAGCCACCUCUGCCUGACCAGUGAGGAAGACCUAAACACGCCCCCUGCUGCUAUGGCAGGGGAGGAGCCUCAGGACUGCAGCUCCAGAAGGGGAGGGGGUCUGUUUGGCUCAGCACUAGGCCUGUCGCCAGGGGCUUCGCUCAGGGAGGGGCUUCGCGAUGUCACUCUGGCCCAGCCCGAGAGCAUCCGUAGCGACCUGGAGAUGUCCGACACCCAAUCGGACGACAUCGCUGAGCUGACGUCAGACGACUGUGACUCGCCUCAUCCCAAGAGCUGCCGGCCCCCUCAACCCCAGGCCACCUGCAGACCCCUUCACACCUCCGACAGACUGCGCUGUCCCCCGGAUAAUGUCAUUCUCUAUGUUUAAGAGUCCAACUGAUGGAGAGCUCUCAGAGAUUCCACAACCCCCACCCAAAAUGUUUUUUCUUUUGCUGCUUUUUUGUUAACAAAACGUCUUACCUGCAAACAACACCCGUCUACAUGUGUCUGUCUUUCUCUCAACAUCUUGAUCUCCUUGCAGAGAAUUGGCAGGGUUCUACCUCUGAGAUUUCUCUGUUUACUUCUUGGUGCAAAAAUGCCUUGGCUACUUGAGCGACAAAAAAAAGCUAAACAAGAGGUACACAUUUUCCACAAGAAAUACUGCAAAAAAAAAAAGAGGAAACAAGGUGAAAGGUCACCAAGCACACUAACGAGUCAAGGAUUGUGGGGAAUGGGGUUUGUACUAUGGAAGAGGAUGUUUUUAGGGAUGUUUGAGUGUGGCAUUUGUACUGGACUUUGUUGGCUUAAUUUCCUCCUUUUUUUUGUUAGAACUGAAUGAUAUUGAAUGAUUUAGAAGUAGUUUUAUUUGCUGUGUGCAUGAUUCUCCGUGAACUGAGUUUUCUAUGGCUGUGUAGGCCUUCAAGUGUAGUAUGUACCCGUUACACUGGUGGAGUUUACAGUAGUUUGUUCAGAGACGUGACUUUUAGAGGCGAUCUGCACUUGAAUCUCACCUGCACAGAGAAGAACAAUGUAGGGGUUAACGAGAGUCAAUGUUGUGGAAGAUAGACAAGUACUUAACCAGCAGACAGUUCCACUUGAAUGACUGACUGCCUGCCUUACAGACAGUGAUGACACUCACUGACGAACACACUGGCUUUCUGACAUGCUAGCUGUCUGACCCACUCUAGUUAUGUGUGUGCGUUCUACACGAAGACUAUAAAGACAAAAUAUACAUUUUCAGUAGAAAACAAUAGUAGAAUGAAUGGAUGGACUUCUUGUGAUUGUAUUUGUUUGUCCCACUAUCGAGUGAAUUUAUGAAUGAGCACUUGUGCACUUUAUCUAAAUAUUAAUUUUAUUUUUUUGCUCUUUGUUGUCAUCAGUUACUGUCUUUGAGUUUUCUUCCGUCACGUACUUGUAAAAUCAUAACCAAAUGUUGAUUAUCAGAAACCUUUUUACAGUGUAACAACAUUUUGCAGACCCAUUUUUAUUUCUUCUAGAAUAAUUACUAGAGCUUGUUUUUGCUGUUUACCAACCAUGUGUUUGAGUUGUUUAAGAUAUCCCCAUUUACUAUAGACAUCAUGAAAUCUCUAUAUGGGAACAUUGUUUCAUUUCAAAUAAGCUUUAUGCGGUCAGAUCAUACUAUUGAGCAGUGCUUGGUAUGGUCUGUUGAUGUUAUUCAGUUGUCGCUUAUUUCUGCCUAUGAGAAACCACAUGAAUGUACCACGGAUUGAAACAGGAACUUCCUAAAUAUGAAAGGAGGAUUUACCCUUAAGAACACAGUACAUGUGGGUAAAAUAGUUAUAAAUAUAUGAAUAGCAAUAUAAAAGUGUUGUAUAUAAAUGUGUAGUAUCUCCUGCCACUGUUUUGGAAGCCCCUUUCUGGGGCCAAACACACAGGACUGUGAAAGAGGUUGUGGACUUUGAUUUGGAAAAUAAACAAAUGUUUCUGUUGCAACAA